AUGUUCGCAACAAGAAGCGAGUACGAUAGAGGUGUUAAUACUUUUUCGCCUGAAGGUCGCCUCUUUCAGGUGGAAUAUGCACUUGGAGCAAUGAAACUUGGUAGUACAGCCAUAGCAGUGGCGACAAAAGAAGGAGUUAUUUUUGCCUCAGAGAGAAGGUCAAAUUCUCCCCUGCUGGAGUUUGUUUCCCUGGAAAAAAUCAUGGAAAUCGACGACCAUAUAGCCUGCGCCAUGAGCGGCCUAAUCGCAGACGCCAAGACACUUGUAGACCACGCCAGGUCCGAAUGUGUUAACCAUACAUUUGUAUAUAAUGAACGUAUGGGUAUUAGAUCUUGUGUUGAGUCCAUUGCUGAUCUUGCCUUAGAAUUCUCAGAUGUGUUUGAUACUAAGAAGAAGAAGACCAUGAGCAGACCCUUUGGAGUUGCGUUGUUGGUGGGUGGUAUUGAUUCCGAAGGACCAGUUAUAUGGUGUGUUGACCCCUCUGGGACCAUAAUUAAGUACAAAGCGGCCGCUAUCGGCUCAGCUCAAGAAGGUGCUGAAUCAAUUCUCUUGCAAAAAUAUGAUGAAAAUAUGGAAUUUUCAGAUGCUGAGGUGCUUGUACUUGAGAUUCUACGACAAGUUAUGGAAGAAAAAAUGAGCCCAAAGAACGUGGAAAUGGCGAGAAUCAGAGUAGAUGAUGUUAAAUAUAGAGAAUAUGAUGAAGAGUCAUUGGAAAAGCUGAUUUCAAGUCUACCAGAACUGCCAGAAAACCUAGGUGCGGAGUAG